AUAUUUCUCAAAGCAAACGGCCGCCUAUAGUGUCCUUUUUUUGUGAUUUUCCGAAAUGAUUUAAAAGAGGCCGCCGGAGCAAAAAAUGGUUACUUUAUACACGUCGUAUAGGCGUAACCCCCCACCCCCCUCUUCUGCUCUACCAACGGCGCAUGUUAAACCCUUGCUCAACCCAAACCUUGAAGCCUCUACCCCUUGUUGCCCUUUUUUCAGCCACUUCAAUCAAUACUUCCACUCUCCACAAGCUUCGCCUUCCCAGCGUCGCUAUUCAUUAACAGAUCCGAUCUAAGUUCUCCCCUUCGGCUUCGCCUUCUUCCUAUUAAGGAAACUGCAUCUGCUGCAGUAAAGUAGGAAACUGAAUCUGCAGCAGUAAAGUAAUUGCCCAGGA